GACCACUUACCUGCUAUGUGGAUUCAAGAUCAGCUUCUUCUCAAAUUGCAGGACUUCCAGCAUCGUUCUGUGCAAUCUGUGAAAGAUUCUGGAGGCAGCUAUGGACGUAGCAGUGAUAGCAUAUGCAUCAUGACACCAGAUGGAAUGAGCGAGCCUAAUUGUUCCAGUCUAGAUAAUAGUGUUUCUGAAAAAUCUGAGGACCUACCACAAGAACACUUACCUGCUGUGUGUGCUCAGGAUAGUCUUCCCCUGAGAAUGCAGGACUUCCAGCUUUGCUCUGUGCUGGGUAAAGGGCAGUUUGGGAAAGUUCUGCUGGCCGAGCACAAGGAAACAACCAAGGUGUACGCCUUGAAAUUCAUAAAGAAAGUCAAGUUACAAUUACCACAUCAUUUCAACAACCUUCUGAGUGAGAAGCGGAUAUUCCAGACAGUGAGCAAUAGGCGGCACCCAUUCCUUGUUAACUUGUGUGGGUGUUUCCACACUCGAGAUCACGCCUGCUUCGUUAUGGAGUAUGCAGCCGGGGGCGACCUUCUCUCAUGCCUUGAUAACAACAACGGCCCAUUUCCAGAACCCAGAGCAGUGUUCUAUUCUGCAUGUGUCGUCCUUGGACUUCAGUAUUUACACGAACAAAAUAUCAUCCACAGGGAUCUGAAGGUUGAAAAUAUUGUUCUGGACGAGAAGGGAUUUGCAAAGAUUACUGACUACGGUCUGUCUGUAGAAGGAGUCGGAUACGGAGAUAGACUCAUCGGCCUUUGUGGAACUCCUAAUUAUAUGGCUCCUGAAAUGGCCAAGCGCAUGGCAUAUACAAGAUCUGUGGACUGGUGGAGCUUCGGAGUGGUUAUUUACGUAAUGCUAACUAGAUACUUACCCUUUGAAGGCCGUGAUAUUGAGACGUUAUAUGCUAAUAUUGCCAAACGUAAACUGAAAAUACCAGCGUCAUUGUCUAGUAAAGCCACUUCAAUACUAAGUAGGUUACUGAGUAAAAACCAUGUGAAGCGUCUGGGAUCCAGCGAGAGAGAUGCAGAGGACGUGAAAGACCAUCCUUUUUUUCAACAUAUAGAUUGGAACGCAUUAUUAUUACAAAAUGUGACACCUCCAUUUGUGCCAACCAUCAACGGAGCCGAAGACGUCAGCAACUUUGAUGCAAUAUUCACCUCGGAAGCGCCUAUUAUAACUCCACCAGUAAGACGAAGAGUUCCACCGUUAUUAGAGAAGCAGACAUUUGAGGAUUUUUGUUGGAGGGCAGAUUGGAGUUAGUCUUGGUUGUGAUCCACAAUAAGAAUUACUGGAAGGAGAAUUAACAUUAAUAUUUUUUAUCCAACGAAAAUAUUUAUUGAACACUAAAGUAAGAAUUGCAACUAAAUUUCAAAUUUAAGGUGAAAAUAGACAAAAAAGAAACAUCCUCUAAGUCAGCUAUACUUUCAGUUUGACUACUUUGGCCUUAAAUUAAAAAAAUCACUUUGAUUAUUUUUUGCAAGUAACCCUCCAAAUUGUUGAAUUGUGA